CACAGCCGGAAGUGGCGCACCGGAAGUGGGGAAACCGGAAGUGGCGGGAGGCCACGUGGUGAUGGUGGAGGAGGAGAGAUGGGGAAGGCGAGCAGGUCGAAGCACCAGAAGAAGGGCCGGGCGGCCGCGCUGCUCCGCGCCCAACAGGACUUCAGCUCCGUCCCCCACUCCUUCGUGUUCCCGCGCGGCCGCGUCGGCCGCAGCGUCCGUCACCUCAUCACCGACGUGCGCAGAGUGAUGGAGCCCUACACCGCGCGGGACCUGCGGGUGCGGAAGAGCAACUCCCUGCGGGAUUUCGUGGCUGUCGCGGGGCCUCUGGGGGUGACGCAUUUCUUGGUCUUCAGCAAAUCCUCCUCCAGCAUCAACUUUAAGCUUUUCCGGCUUCCUGGUGGGCCGACGUUGACGUUUCAGGUGACGCAGUAUUCCCUGAUCAAGGACGUGGUCUCCUCGCUCAAGAGACAUCGGAUGCACGAGCAGCAGUUCACCCACCACCCGCUCCUCAUCCUCAGCAACUUCGGCUUCCAGCAGAUCCAGGUCAAGUUGAUGGCCACCAUGUUCCAGAACAUGUUCCCUUCCAUCAAUGUCCAUAAGGUGAACCUCAACCACAUCAAACGCUGUUUGCUCCUCAGCUACGACGCGGAGACGCAGCUGCUCAGCCUCAGGCAUUACAGCGUGAAGGUGGUCCCCGUUGGCGUCAGCAAAGGUCUGAAGAAGCUCCUCCAGGAGAAGUUCCCCAACAUGAGCCGCCUGGAGGACAUCAGUGAGCUGCUGGUCAAAGACCUCAACCUCUCGGAGAGCGAAGCCGAGCAGGACGGCGCCCACAACACCCUGGAGCUGCCUCAGGCCUACGCCGGACGAGGCAACAUGAAAGCUCAGCAGAGCGCCGUACGCCUCACCGAGAUCGGCCCUCGCCUGACGCUGCGGCUCCUGAAGGUGGAGGAAGGUUUGGCGCAAGGCAACGUCCUCUACCACAGCGUCGUCCGGAAGACGGAAGAGGAGGUGAAAGCAAUGCUGGAACGGAAGGAGGCGAAGCUGCGGCUGAAGGCCGAGCGGCGCAAGAAGCAGGAGGAGGACGUGGAGCGUAAGCGGCGGCAACGCGAGGCUCACAGGGAGAAGAGCCUGGCUGGAAUCCGAAGGAAACGCCAUCCGGAUGGCGAUAGCGAUGCUGAGGAUCCCGGUGCGCCGGAGCAGCCGGAUGAAGCCGAGCAGUCGGAAGAAAGCGAUGCUGAGUAUUACCGGCAGGAGGUGGGCGAGGAACCGGAUCAAGAUCUCUUCCCCAACCACAACAAGAGGAAAAGACGCCCUUCGGGUUCUGCCGGGCUACGGAAACGCCACCGGCGAAGCCAAGAGGAGCAUCGUCCUUCCUCCAACCCUUCUGCCGCGGCGAAGGCGAACGGAGAGGAGGAAUCGCGGCACCGCGGAGGCGGAAAACCGCAUCGAGGAGGCAGAAAACCGCAUCGGGGAAGCGGAAAAGCACCACGAAGGAGCCAAAAAUCACCACGAAGGAGCCAAAGCUCAGCCCAGGACGCGGCCAAUCCCGGCUCCGGCCGCGCCGGCUCCAAGCCGAAGGCGCGAGGGAAGCUGCUGCUGAAGGGGAAGAUGAUUUUCCGGCGGUUUGGCCGCGCCAAGAAGGGCAAACGCUGAGGCAGCACUCACGCACUGAGACUUUGGGGUUUAAGAGGGAGGGAGGAAAUGGUCCUCUGGUUCUGCUCCGGCGCAAUACAGUGCCGGAAUGUCUGUUUCCG